AUGCUUCCCAGGAUAAGAAGACAUCUCACGUCGGCUUUGGCCAGGCUGCCCACGCGUGUCGAUGGCGGGCAACGCGGGGCAAGCGUGCAAGUGUGCAGACACCAGCAUCGGAACAACAACAACGACGACGACGACGACGUCCCGCAGCCUGCUGCGGUCAAGGUGCUCUAUGAUGGACUUUGUCCCAUAUGUGUGACGGAGAUCCGGUUCCUCCAGUUUUUGCAGAGAACGAAGCCCGACCGGGUGGAAUUCGUCGAUAUCUCGCUUCCGAGCUACGACCGAGCCAAAUACAACGAUGUCAGCUUCGAGGCGGCCAUGAAGGAAAUGCACGUGAUUGAUCGGAACCGCCAGGUUCACCGGGGAGUGCCCGCCUUCGCGGUCAUGUACGACGCCGCGGGCCUGGGUUGGCUAGGCCGCUUCAUGACGCUCCCGUCGGUGCGACCGUUCAUGGACACGUCCUACGCGUUCUUUGCCCGGAAUCGGCUGAAGUGGACCGGACGCGGAGAGGAGUGCGCCGCAGGAUUUUGUCGGAAGAAAACGGAGUGAUCGGCACAAAAUAUGGACUUGUUAAGGGAAGCUCUUUGCUUCACGACAAAAGUGAAUCACAUGCUUCAGAGAAGUACCUGCUGUGGUGUCAGAUUAUAACCCAUGUUAUUCUUUUUAAUUACCGUCAUUUCCGGCCGACAGAGCGCACCUGAUUGAAAGCCUCACCCGGUACAUUUGUCAAGGAAAUACCAUUUGGUACACCCAUAAGGCGCACCUGUGUAAAAGCCGAAAGUGCCCACAUUGAAACACGAGAUAUUUACAAGGAGUUUAAGUUUUUAUACCUUGAGUUUAUCUUAACAUAGCAGCAACACGGUAGCAGGAACUGGGCCGGUUAAAAAAAAAACAAAAAAAAAACAGCAACUAACAGGGACAGUUUAAAAAAAAAAAAAAAAAACAUACUGGUAAAAAAUCACUGCGACACGACAGUAACACAGCAGCAACACGCUAGCACAGCGCUAACAGGCCCAGUUAAAAAAAUAUACCGAUAAAAAUAAUUGAGGCACAGCAGUAACAUGCUGACGCGGCGGCGCUAACUGGACCGGUAAAAGUCACUUUCUCGGCACAUGUAUUCCACCGGACGUCACUCUUACCUUUUCCGCUCGAGUGCCCCCUUGCGGCCGUUAGAAAAAAAUGCACAAAUUAGCCACAUCACCGCAUAAGCCGCAGGGUUGAAAGUGUGUAAAAGUUGCGGUUUAUAGGCCGGAAAUUUCCGCAUGAUAGUUUUUCCGCAACCUUUAUUGAGACGAGCCAUCGUACAUUAAACGGAGACAAACAAAUAUUUGGUGUAAAGUAUGUACUGUAAAUUAUACUGAAACUAUGAUAAGCUUAACCUUGAUUUCAAUCGAAGCUACUGGUACAGUUUUCUGUUUUACGAAUGGUUACUGUAGUUACUCAAGUUCAUUACAUCUUCUACCAUCUAAUGGAAAAGUAUUUGGUCGCUCCACCUCUAUGUCGCCGAUGCGGGUCGAUGUCCAAACAUGUUAGUUGUAUUAAAUCGUUUCUGAACUGAGUAUUACAGUAUUUACCAAACAUGUUAGUUGUAUUAAAUCAUUUCUGAACUGAG